AUGGCCUCACUGCCGACUCAGGGUCCCCCGGUCCCUGACUUAGUUUCUGGGUUGCCACCGGCGGCCUCAACUCCUGCCAACCAGAGCACAGAGGCCUCAGCGGACAAUGGGUCGGUGACUGGCCCAGGCGCUCAGGCUGUCACGCCUUUCCAAAGCCUGCAGCUGGUGCAUCAGCUGAAAGGGCUGAUCGUGCUGCUCUACAGCAUCGUGGUGGUCGUGGGGCUGGUGGGCAACUGCCUGCUGGUGUUGGUGAUCGCGCGAGUGCGUCGGUUGCACAACGUGACCAACUUCCUCAUCGGCAACCUGGCCUUGUCCGACGUGCUCAUGUGCACCGCCUGUGUGCCACUCACGCUGGCCUACGCUUUCGAGCCACGCGGCUGGGUGUUCGGCGGCGGCCUGUGCCACCUUGUCUUCUUCCUGCAGCCCGUCACCGUCUACGUGUCGGUGUUCACUCUCACCACCAUCGCGGUGGACCGCUACGUCGUGCUCGUGCACCCGCUGCGCAGGCGCAUCUCGCUGCGCCUCAGCGCCUAUGCGGUGCUGGCCAUCUGGGCGCUGUCCGCGGUGCUGGCGCUGCCGGCCGCCAUGCACACGUACCACGUCGAGCUCAAGCCGCACCGUGUGCGCCUCUGCGAGGAAUUCUGGGGGUCUCAGGAGCGCCAGCGCCAGCUCUAUGCUUGGGGGCUGCUUCUCGUCACCUACCUGCUCCCCCUGCUGGUCAUCCUCCUGUCUUACGUCCGGGUGACGGUGAAGCUACGGAACCGCGUGGUGCCAGGCUGCGUGACCCAGAGCCAAGCCGACUGGGACCGUGCGCGCCGCCGCCGCACCUUCUGUCUGCUGGUGGUGGUCGUGGUGGUGUUCGCCGUGUGCUGGCUGCCGCUGCACGUCUUCAACCUGCUGCGGGACCUCGACCCGCAAGCCAUCGACCCUUACGCCUUUGGGUUAGUGCAGCUGCUCUGCCACUGGCUCGCCAUGAGCUCGGCUUGCUACAACCCCUUCAUUUACGCCUGGCUGCACGACAGCUUCCGUGAGGAGCUGCGCAAGCUCUUGCUUGCCUGGCCCCGCAAGAUCGUGCCCCACGGCCAGAGCAUGACAGUCAGCGUGGUCAUCUGAUGCCACUGCACCGGGCCUUGGCUGGGGACCUCCAUGUCCACUAGUUUCCGAGGUUGCCCACCUGAGGCCGGACUGGAGAGCUUAUCCCCAGCGCCAGAGCAAAUCCAAUAGGUGACCAAACUUCCAGCCUAGCCCUCUUGUCCAGCUGUCUUGCUUUGUCCUUGUGUCUUUGUAAAAUGUCGAGUGGGCUUUGGAGGGAGUCUUGUGCUUUGCUUGAAAGAGGCCAAGGAGAGGUGAGAGGAUUUAUUAUUUCCUCCCUAUGCCCUGAAUGCCAAACAAAGCUCUUUCUCCUGGUUCAUAACAGUAUUUCAGAACCGUGGCUGUCUUCCUCGCUUUCCCUUCUGCUUGUUCAAUGGUGAGAUGAAGGAACAAUGGGGUUGAGAUUUCAAAUGGCUGCGUUGGGGUUGGUGAGGCUUUUUCCAGUUGCCUUUUAAAAAGGACUCAACUGAGCUAGAAUACCUGAUGUUGCUUAGUCAGUUUGAACCCAUUAAUUCCUAGGAUUCCAGGGAAGUAUUACAAGUCUGUAUCUGGGAUUUCAGCAUUUCCUGAAUAAGAUCAUUACACACCAAAAGGGUUUUA